UGGGCCCUAGUGGGCGGCGACACGAUGGAUCCUGAGUUGCCUGAGUCGCUACAGUGGCAACAAAACGAACUCCAUUAAGAGCAGCGCAUCUCUUUCUCUGUCACUGCCUCUCCUUCUCUGCAGACUCGUUCGCGCUUUUGUUUCACAAGAAUCGCCCUCGAGCAAUGGUUUUCUUUCGGGGCGUCUGCUCUCUCUCGAAGCUCUGCUCCCGUCGCGUUCAGCAGUCUACUUUAAAUGGUUCUGUGCGAUGGCUGCAAAUGCAAACUGCUUCAGAGCUUGAUCUUCAUUCUCAACUGAAGGAUCUGAUUCCGGAACAACAGGAACGCCUUAAGAAACUGAAAACGGAACAUGGGAAGGUUCAGCUUGGGAACAUUACCAUCGAUAUGGUAAUUGGUGGAAUGAGAGGAAUGGCUGGAUUGCUUUGGGAAACCUCAUUGCUUGAUCCGGAUGAGGGAAUUCGUUUCAGGGGUCUCUCCAUCCCUGAAUGCCAGAAAGUGUUACCAGCUGCAAAACCUGGGGGUGAGCCAUUGCCUGAAGGCUUGCUGUGGCUUCUUCUAACUGGGAAGGUACCGAGUAAAGAGCAAGUUGAUGCACUAUCUAAAGAAUUGCAAAGUCGUGCCAAUGUUCCAGACCAUGUAUAUAAGGCGAUCAAUGCUCUUCCUGUUACAGCCCAUCCAAUGACACAAUUUGCAACAGGCGUUAUGGCACUUCAGGUUCAUAGUGAAUUUCAGAAAGCAUAUGAGAAAGGGAUUCCAAAAUCAAAGUUUUGGGAGCCAACAUAUGAGGACUCCCUCAAUUUGAUUGCUCAAGUCCCUGUUGUAGCUUCUUUUGUUUACAGAAGGACUUACAAGGAUGGACAAAUUAUACCUGCGGACAAUUCUCUAGAUUAUGGUGCGAAUUUCUCUCACAUGCUAGGAUUUGAUAGUCCUAAAAUGCAAGAGCUGAUGAGACUAUAUGUCACUAUCCAUAGUGACCAUGAAGGUGGAAAUGUUAGUGCUCAUACUGCUCAUCUGGUUGCUAGUGCCCUUUCAGAUCCUUACCUUUCAUUUGCAGCUGCACUAAAUGGUUUAGCUGGGCCACUACAUGGUUUGGCUAAUCAGGAAGUUUUAUUAUGGAUCAAAUCUGUAGUAGAGGAGUGUGGAGAAGACAUCACGACUGAACAGUUGAAGGAAUAUGUCUGGAAGACAUUGAAUAGUGGCAAGGUUGUUCCUGGAUUCGGACAUGGAGUUCUGAGGAAAACAGAUCCAAGAUACAUGUGCCAGAGGGAGUUUGCAUUGAAGCACUUGCCUGACGAUCCACUAUUCCAGCUGGUUUCGAAGCUUUAUGAAGUAGUUCCUCCAAUUCUUACUCAACUCGGCAAGGUCAAGAAUCCAUGGCCCAAUGUCGAUGCUCAUAGCGGUGUAUUGCUGAACCAUUUUGGUUUAGCUGAAGCAAGAUAUUUCACUGUUCUUUUUGGCGUCUCAAGAAGCAUAGGAAUUUGCUCCCAGCUAAUAUGGGACCGCGCUCUUGGGUUACCUCUUGAAAGGCCAAAAAGCGUCACAAUGCAAUGGCUCGAGGAUCAUUGCAAGAAGGCAGCUUGAUGCUGAAAGGCUCCAAGCUGAAGCUGACUCUCAGUGUUGAUUUUUCAAAAUAAUAAAAGCAGAAGAGGGGGGUGUGUAAAAUGCAGUUUGAGGCUAUAGAUGCUUCUUAUUCUUGCCUGGGAACAUUUGAGCGAUGCCGAUUUGUGUUUUAGAACUAAAUUUCAGAAAUGGUUAAGAUAUAGGAAAUGUCAUGCAUUCCGGCAUGUUUGUCUCCAAA